AGCAGAAGUGUAGCACACGAACGAAACAAUUAAGAUCUCGUAAAAAUUUUUCGUUGUUUUUAAAUGUUAAACAAUUCACUCCACUCGCACAACAUUAUUUCCUAUACGGUGAAUUCAAUUGAGAUCGUAACCCAAACAGCUUCAUAUAGUCAUUGAAGGAGAAAGUGUUUUUUUUCAGUACGGUGUGUGUUAUAUCCAUCCAUACAUCGGUGUAUGUCAAUGCUGAAUGAACGAACCAUUCUAAUAAUUUUUUUGUUGUUUUGUUGUAUGUCUCAUUCAUUCAAAACCAUUCAGUUUUCGACUGAAAAGAACUCGUAGUCUGAAGUGUAACCAUUGCUCCUCGGAAUUUUUGUGCAUUAAACGGGGAGAUUUGAAACCGUUUUUGUCGAGACAAAGAAAGAAAUUCUUCUCUGGUUUGUAGUGUCGUGUAUAGUGUGUUCCUAAGUUCACAGAAUAGUUUCAGUUUUACAAGUUUAACUGCAUGGUUGUGUUUACUACACAACAUAUCGCCAUGCUUAAGAUGAUACGUCAUCUCUCUGUGGUUUGCUGUGUCAUAUUGUGUAUAUUCGCCGCUGUCACUUGGUCUGUUCCGUACGAUCCAGCCGAUAAGGAAAUAUGGUCCGUUUUGCCACCGGAAGGUUCGUUCGAAGCAUUCUAUCCGCGCGAAAUGGCUGGCAUUCCGAAUGGGGCUGCACGAGCUCCGCACGCCCAUGGCAGUUUUUUUAAAUACCGAAAUCCGGCACUAGUCGACACUAAAAAUGCGGCCGCUUAUGGUUAUCGUUUCGAUGGCAAGCGACGUUUUAAUUUCGAUUAAGAAAAUUUUGUUCGUGCCCUUGUUUUGGUCUAAAUAAUUAAAUGGGAAAUCAAAUUCAAA